AUAUCGUUAGUGCAAUUAAGGAUAAGUUCUUGAAUUGUUGUUUUGUUGUCGUUUUAGUGAUUCGUACAAACUACAAAAAUUUCGUGUUUCGUUCAAAUUCGCAGAGAAAAAGAAAAAAAAUCAAAUCGACAAUCUAUGCACUUCAAGUCGAAUCGGUGAUACACAUUUAUACAUUUUACUCUUUAAACAUUAGUUUCUUCGUGAGGUGAUCGAGCGAAAUUGAACCAGCAGUGAGUGUAAUCAUUUUUUUUUGGUUGAUUGUGUUGCCGUAAAAACCAUUUUUUUGUUGCUUCGUUGCGUUCCAAUGGAAAUUUCAAUGAAAUUUUGAUAUAUUUAACACGAAAAAAAGAAACACACGAGAACCGACGAACUCGUGUCUGUCAUAUGUGUACGGAUUUUGUGGUGCGGGCAGAAAAAACGUUCAGAACAUUCGACAUUCGAAUGCAAAUUGUAAUCAGAUCACGUUCAGUGACGAAUACGCUCGUUUAAUAUUGUCACACGUUUGGAGCGAAAUUGAGCUCGGUUCGCGGUGCAGUUUUUUCUUCUGUCUUUCUCUUUUGUGUGCUGUUGUAAUUUUGUUCAUUGCACAAACUUCGGUUAAUUCAUGGUUUUGACACCAUAAAUCCACAUAUCGAACGAUUUGUUGAUAAUUGUUACGUGUACGUUUCACCCUUUGUGAGUGUGUGCUCAUGUUUGUGUGAUUACUCAUAAAUCAAGCGCUAUUCAAAGCCGAAACUGUUGUUGUGUAUCUGUGAAGCAGAAUAAACGGUCCAUGCAUUCAGCUGCCCAGUCAUAGAGCUACCGAACAACAGAAAAACUAAUUCAAAAUGGAGGACGGCCAUGCAAAAACCGUCGAGGAGGUUAUAAAUUAUUUCGGAGCUGACAGUGAACGCGGAUUAUCAGCUGAUCAAGUUAAGCGAAACCAAGAAAAAUAUGGACCAAAUGAGCUCCCUACUGAAGAGGGAAAAACCAUUUGGCAAUUAGUUUUAGAACAGUUCGAUGAUCUUUUGGUUAAAAUUUUAUUGUUGGCUGCUAUUAUUUCAUUCGUAUUAGCUCUAUUCGAAGAACACGAAGAAACAUUCACAGCUUUUGUUGAACCUCUUGUUAUUUUGUUAAUUUUAAUUGCAAAUGCAAUCGUUGGUGUUUGGCAGGAACGUAAUGCUGAAUCAGCCAUUGAGGCGCUCAAGGAGUAUGAACCAGAAAUGGGCAAGGUGAUCCGGCAAGAUAAGUCCGGUGUGCAAAAAGUCCGAGCCAAGGAAAUCGUUCCUGGUGACGUAGUUGAAGUAUCUGUUGGUGAUAAAAUUCCAGCCGAUAUUCGUUUGAUCAAGAUCCACUCCACCACAAUUCGUAUCGAUCAAUCCAUUUUGACUGGUGAAUCCGUUUCCGUGAUCAAGCACACCGAUGUUAUUCCCGAUCCACGUGCCGUCAAUCAAGACAAGAAAAACAUUCUUUUCUCUGGUACAAAUGUAGCAGCUGGUAAAGCUCGUGGUAUUGUCAUUGGCACUGGAUUGUGCACCGCCAUCGGUAAAAUCCGUACUGAAAUGUCCGAAACCGAAGAGGUUAAGACUCCAUUGCAACAGAAAUUGGACGAAUUCGGUGAACAAUUGUCAAAGGUUAUUUCGGUUAUUUGCGUUGCUGUCUGGGCUAUUAACAUUGGCCAUUUCAACGAUCCAGCUCACGGUGGUUCAUGGAUUAAGGGCGCUAUCUACUAUUUCAAAAUCGCUGUCGCAUUGGCCGUCGCUGCCAUUCCAGAAGGUUUGCCAGCUGUUAUCACCACCUGUUUGGCUUUGGGCACACGUCGUAUGGCCAAAAAGAAUGCCAUUGUCCGUUCACUUCCAUCUGUCGAAACCUUGGGUUGCACCUCAGUCAUUUGCUCCGAUAAGACUGGUACACUUACCACAAAUCAAAUGUCCGUCUCACGUUUGUUCAUUUUUGACAAAGUUGAGGGUAGCGACAGCAGCUUCCUUGAAUUCGAAUUGACUGGAUCAACAUACGAACCAAUUGGCGAAUUGUACUUAAAAGGAUCGAAAGUUAAGGCCUCUGAAUUUGAUGGUUUGCAAGAAAUGGCCACAAUUUGUGUGAUGUGCAACGAUUCAGCCAUUGAUUUCAAUGAAUUCAAACAGAUUUUCGAAAAGGUCGGUGAAGCCACUGAGACUGCUUUGAUCGUUUUGGGCGAGAAACUUAAUCCAUUCAAUGUGAACAAGAGCGGUUUAGAUCGUCGUUCGGCUGCCAUUGCUGUUCGCCAAGAAAUUGAAACCAAAUGGAAGAAGGAAUUCACAUUGGAAUUCUCACGUGAUCGUAAAUCCAUGUCGACAUACUGUGUGCCAACCAAACCAUCACGUCUCGGAACUGGACCAAAAUUAUUCGUCAAAGGUGCACCAGAAGGUGUAUUGGAACGUUGUACACAUGCUCGUGUUGGUACCACCAAGGUUCCAUUGAACAGCACACUCAAAUCACGCAUCUUGUCACUCACUGCUCAAUAUGGUACUGGUCGCGAUACAUUGCGUUGCUUGGCAUUGGCCACCGCUGAUAACCCACAAAGCCCAGACACCAUGGAUUUGGGAGACUCAAACAAAUUCAUCCAAUAUGAAAAUAGCCUUACAUUCGUCGGCGUCGUCGGCAUGUUGGAUCCACCACGUAAAGAAGUUUUCGACUCAAUCGUUCGCUGCCGUGCAGCUGGUAUCCGUGUCAUUGUCAUUACUGGUGACAACAAAGCCACCGCUGAAGCUAUCUGCCGUCGUAUUGGUGUAUUCACUGAAGAUGAAGAUACCCAAGGCAAAUCAUACUCUGGCCGUGAAUUCGAUGACCUGUCACCAAAUGAACAAAAAGGCGCCUGCGCCCGUGCCCGUCUCUUCUCGCGUGUCGAACCAUCACACAAAUCGAAAAUUAUUGAAUUCUUGCAAAGCAUGAACGAAAUCUCUGCUAUGACUGGUGAUGGUGUCAACGAUGCUCCAGCCUUGAAAAAAGCCGAAAUUGGUAUCGCUAUGGGAUCUGGUACUGCUGUCGCUAAAUCAGCUGCCGAAAUGGUCUUGGCUGAUGACAACUUCUCGUCGAUUGUGUCUGCCGUUGAAGAAGGUCGUGCCAUUUACAAUAACAUGAAACAAUUUAUUCGUUACUUGAUCUCAUCGAACAUUGGUGAGGUUGUAUCCAUUUUCUUGACUGCCGCUCUUGGUUUGCCAGAAGCUUUGAUUCCAGUACAAUUGUUGUGGGUUAACUUGGUAACUGAUGGUUUGCCAGCUACUGCCUUGGGUUUCAAUCCACCAGAUUUAGACAUUAUGCAAAAGCCACCACGUAAAGCUGAUGAAGGUCUUAUCUCAGGAUGGUUGUUCUUCCGUUACAUGGCUAUUGGUGGUUAUGUUGGUGCCGCUACCGUUGGUGCUGCCUCAUGGUGGUUCUUGUUCUCGGAAAAUGGCCCACAAAUGACAUACUGGCAAUUGACCCAUCACUUGUCAUGCAUUGGCGGUGGCGACGAAUUCCGUGGCAUGGACUGUAAAAUCUUCAGCGAUCCACAUCCAAUGACCAUGGCCUUGUCUGUAUUGGUAACAAUUGAAAUGUUGAACGCUAUGAACAGCUUGUCUGAAAAUCAAUCACUCAUCACAAUGCCACCAUGGCAAAACAUGUGGCUCAUCGGCUCAAUGGCACUCUCAUUCACUCUUCACUUUGUGAUCCUUCACGUCGAAGUUCUUUCAACUGUCUUCCAAGUGACACCACUCACCGGUGAGGAAUGGAUAACUGUAAUGAAAUUCUCGAUUCCAGUCGUUCUCCUCGACGAAGUCUUGAAGUUCGCAGCACGGAAAAUUUCAGACGUAAGGCCAGGAUUCCAUUAGAGUGUGCAAAAACAAAAACAGAAAAAAACACAUAAUUACAACCAUAAUGAGAAUAAUUUUUAAAUUAAACCAAAUGAGUUUGAAAUUCAUUGAUUGAACCAAAAAAAAAUAUGAAUAAAAAAAAUUACGACAAAAAAACGAAUAAAAAAAACUUGAAAAAUUGGUGGCUUUUGCAAGCAAAAUAAGGAAUUCAAUCAAUCCAAGAGACAUAAUCUGUGAGGAGAGAGAAUGAAGUUUUAGUAUCGUAGCAUCAUUAAAGUUUUUUCUAGAUUAAUAUCAAACUGACAGACAGACAUAUAUAGACCUCCACAAAAAAAGCUUCCCAAACACACACACCAUACACAUAUAAAAUACACGAAGCGUAACAUUACGAAGCUCAUGGAUACCCCUAUGAAAAAAAAACGACACCCGAACCACACAAUCGAAAUUCUCCAUUCAGCCAUCCCUCGAACGUAAAUCCUGUAUUAAAAAAUAAACACCAAAAUUUCAUUUGAUGACACAAAACCAAUUACCCAAGUACACAUGCAUUUGCAUACGCACACACAAGCUACUACCAUCACCAUCAACAACGACAACAACACUGUGUUCAUGUGCACGAACAUUGAAGUCGAUUGAAAUUUUUCAAAAAGAACCAAAUCCAAUCAUCAUCACACAGGAAAUACAAGGGAAUUUAAAACAGAGAGUGUAAAUAGAGUGUAGGUAAAUAAUAAUGUAAUAAACAGGAGAAGAAAAAAACGAAAAAAAGAUAAUAUUUUCUGUUAUGUCAUCAAUUCGCAUCUGUGCAUACAAAAUUCAUUCGAGAUCGACAAACAGAUCGACAUACACGCAACAUAUCAAAAUAAUUCACAUACAAGUCACAAUUGUACAUACGAUCAGCGGUUCAUUCAAUGUUCCCGUUAGAAUUGCCACAUUUCAUCGAACGAAUCGAGAUAGAAUAAACAAAAUCCAUUCAUGUGCGAGUCAGUUUUUGAGAGAGAAAGAAAAACACGAAAAAAUCCGUACAAAUGUAUAGCUGCGACUCAUUUUUUUUGUAUGUUUAUAGAAUCGAAUGUUGUGCACACUAGAUUUUCUUCCAAUUUCUUUUAAAAUUCAUUGUUAUAACUUGUUUUUUUUCCUUUCUGAAGUGAGUUUUAAAAAAAUGUUGUCGUGUUCUUUUGUGGAUUUUUUUUUUGCUUUGGAAUUGAUGAUGCGCAGACAACUAUGUACAUUUAUAUUUAUUUAAAGCGAUUAAUGGAAGAAAAUAAAAGUUAAAUUAAUAAAAAUGAGAGAAAAAAAACCGAAA